AUGGAAACAGAGACUCAAAUUGAAGAGUCCGAGAGACUAGCACCAAAUGCUCAGGAACAAUCUGGCUCGACCAAUAAUUCCGAUGAUGGAGCAAGCAGUAACCCUGCAUCAACUGAAAAUUCUGAUUCCACAGCAUAUACCCAUACCACAAAUAAUGCAACAGCAAAUGGCUCUACAAUUACAGCAGUUGAUAGUAAUCUCCCAACAUCACCAGCUGCAAGCAAUUCCUUCCUGGCCACAAAUGCCAACUCCCCACCAGUCUCCCUUCAACCUUCUACAAUUCCAAUAGAAGAAGUUGGUUAUAAUAUUCACGAGGAAACAACCAAUCCCAGACCAGGACAAAAUGCUAUAAGCAAUUCCUUCCUGGCCACAAAUGCCAACUCCCCACCAGUCUCCCUUCAACCUUCUACAAUUCCAAUAGAAGAAGUUGGUUAUAAUAUUCACGAGGAAACAACCAAUCCCAGACCAGGACAAAAUGCUAUAAGCAAUUCCUUCCUGGCCACAAAUGCUAAUUCCCCAUCAGUCUACCUUCAUCCUUCUACCAUUCCAAUAGAAGAAGUUGGUUAUAAUAUUCACGAGGAAACAACCAAUCCCAGACCAGGACAAAAUGCUAUAAGCAAUUCCUUCCUGGCCACAAAUGCUAAUUCCCCAUCAGUCUACCUUCAUCCUUCUACCAUUCCAAUAGAAGAAGUUGGUUAUAAUAUUCACGAGGAAACAACCAAUCCCAGACCAGGACAAAAUGCUAUAAGCAAUUCCUUCCUGGCCACAAAUGCCAAUUCCCCACCAGUCUACCUUCAUCCUUCUACCAUUCCAAUAGAAGAAGUUGGUUAUAAUAUUCACGAGGAAACAACCAACCCCAGACCUGGACAAAAUGCUAUAGGCAGUCCGCCGAUACAAGAAUCCUUGGCAUGGAGUGAGAAUGACGAAAGCCCGAUCGUUCCUAUGCCCGUAUGAACACAUGCACCAAUAAAAAGUUGUAUGAGAACAUGAUAUGCAAAGGUUUUAUAAAUGAUCAUGUCAUAGUAAACGGGUAAAGUAAAGAAAAUGGAUUAAAUUAGUCUUUUUUAAAGUAAUACUAAUAGUAGUAGUAUAUUAUAGCAUUAAAGAAUGAACUCUUUUAUUAUAAAAGACACGUAAUGAAAACUUUUAGAUAAUGAAUAUACAUCAGUUCUCAUAUAUUGAAAUAACGGCACCACAAACACUGCAAAAAAGACUGAGAAAAAACACAACUGCACUGAACUACAAAACAAAUUGAACAUUUUAAAUGGGAAAUAGUGCAUGCAUCUACAGUGCCUCAAAUGUUUUACUUAAGUGUUCACUUAUUUUUUGCAGUGCUAUAUAUAGUAAUUUUUGGAGCACGUGAAUUUUCAUUGGUAAAAGCAUGAAAUGAUAGUGCAUUAAUUAGUGUUGAUUAGAUUAGUCUUCAAACCAUAAUACAGUAGUAUCUUUAAAGUCCAAUUAUAUUAAUUAGAACAGUAAUUUCGAUUAGAUUAAAAGAAAAGCAUUGCAUGUAAUUGCAUGUUUAUAGAGAUGUAUCAUAAUGAUGUAAG